CACUAAAAAUCAACGAAUUCUUGUUUCUCCUGGUUCUGAUUCGUCUUGGAAAGGUUACGACGAAGUUAGAUCCAAACAUUGUAACGAUCCAACAGUGAUGAAUAAGCUACGUGAGAAAUUGAAGUCGAAAGCUACAGUUAAACAUGCACCCAAAGAAAUAGACAACAAGAUUGAAGGGGUUACAACACGCCCUAAUCUCCCAAAGGGAAUGAAAUACGUCAUCAAGAAGAUCCCGUCCCACCCAUUGAGAUUCGGAAUGGCAUAUAGGGCUAAUUUUCUUGAUGAUUUUGAAUCAUCAAUAGGUGGAAAUAUUGUUGUCAGAAGGCCAUGGAUGGUUGUGUUAGCGAUAACGACGAUCCAAAAAAAACUAGGAGAGACAUCUCUCCAAACCAAGGAGAACUGAU